UCGCCGCGGCCGAAGGGAGCCGGGCGCGCGCCGUCGCAACCUGUCCUCCUCGCAGCCGGCGGCGGAAGCAGCGGGUCGCCAUCGAGGCCGGUCUCCCCGUCCCGGCGGCUGCGGCCCGGGCUCCGCGGGGCGCAGGCGGGCGCCGGGCGGCUGAAGGUUACCGAGUGCAUGAGCGCCUAGCCUCCCGCGCCGCCCCGCCCGCCGGCCCCUCGCCACCCGGCGGCGGCCGCAGGAGGCGCCGUCUCGCUCCCAGGUGCGCGCUUCAUCCCCGGAGCCGCGGAGCUCGGCGGCCGCCAUGGCGUCCAACAUGGACCGGGAGAUGAUCCUGGCGGAUUUUCAGGCAUGUACUGGCAUUGAAAACAUCGAUGAAGCUAUUACAUUGCUUGAACAAAAUAACUGGGACUUGGUGGCAGCUAUCAAUGGUGUAAUACCCCAGGAAAAUGGCAUUCUACAAAGUGACUUCGGAGGUGAGACCAUGCCAGGACCCACAUUUGAUCCAGCAAGUCACCCUGCUCCAGCUCCAACUCCAGCUCCCUCCUCUUCAGCUUUUCGACCUGUAAUGCCAUCCAGGCAGAUUGUAGAAAGGCAGCCUCGAAUGCUAGACUUCAGAGUUGAGUACAGAGACAGAAAUGUUGACGUGGUACUCGAAGACAGCUGUACUGUUGGAGAGAUUAAACAGAUUCUAGAAAAUGAACUUCAGAUACCUGUGCCUAAAAUGCUGUUGAAAGGCUGGAAGACUGGAGAUGUGGAAGACAGUACGGUCUUAAAGUCAUUACACUUGCCAAAAAACAACAGUCUUUAUGUCCUUACACCAGACUUGCCACCACCUUCAGCAUCUGGUCAUUCUGGUGCCCUGCAGGAAUCAUUAAAUCAAAACUUCAUGCUGAUCAUCACCCACCGAGAGGUCCAGCGGGAGUACAACCUGAACUUCUCAGGAAGCAGUACUGUUCAAGAGGUGAAGAGAAAUGUGUAUGACCUCACAAGUAUACCUGUCCGACAUCAGCUAUGGGAGGGCUGGCCAGCUUCUGCUACUGAUGACUCAAUGUGUCUUGCUGAGUCAGGCCUCUCUUAUCCCUGCCAUCGACUUACCGUGGGAAGAAGAACCUCCCCUGCGCAGACCUGUGAGCAAUCAGAAGAGCAAAGCACGGAUGUUCAUAUGGUUAGUGAUAGUGAUGGAGAUGACUUUGAAGAUGCUUCCGAAUUCGGAGUUGAUGAUGGAGAAGUAUUUGGCACAGCACCAUCUGCCCUGAGAAAAUCUCCAAUGAUGCCAGAAAACGCAGAAAAUGAAGGAGAUGCCUUAUUACAAUUUACAGCAGAGUUUUCUUCAAGAUACGGUGACUGCCAUCCUGUAUUUUUUAUUGGCUCAUUAGAAGCUGCUUUUCAAGAGGCCUUCUAUGGGAAAGCCCGAGACAGAAAGCUUCUUGCUAUCUACCUCCACCAUGAUGAAAGUGUACUAACCAACGUGUUCUGCUCACAAAUGCUUUGUGCUGAAUCCAUUGUUUCUUAUCUGAGUCAAAAUUUUAUAACCUGGGCUUGGGAUCUGACAAAGGACGCCAACAGAGCAAGAUUUCUGACAAUGUGCAAUAGACAUUUUGGCAGUGUUAUUGCACAAACCAUUCGGACUCAAAAGACAGAUCAGUUUCCACUUUUCCUGAUUAUCAUGGGGAAGCGAUCAUCUAAUGAAGUGUUAAACGUGAUACAAGGUAAUACAACAGUGGAUGAGCUAAUGAUGAGGCUCAUGGCUGCCAUGGAGAUCUUCUCAGCCCAGCAACAGGAAGACAUAAAAGAUGAGGAUGAACGUGAAGCCAGAGAAAAUGUGAAGAGAGAGCAAGAUGAGGCCUACCGUCUUUCCCUUGAAGCUGACAGGGCAAAGAGAGAAGCUCAUGAGAGAGAGAUGGCAGAACAGUUUCGUUUGGAGCAGAUUCGCAAAGAGCAAGAAGAGGAACGUGAGGCCAUCAGACUCUCCUUAGAACAAGCCCUUCCUCCAGAGCCAAAGGAGGAGAAUGGUGAGCCUGUUAGCAAGCUUCGGAUCCGAACCCCCAGUGGAGAGUUCCUGGAACGGCGUUUCCUGGCCAGCAGUAAGCUCCAGAUUGUCUUUGACUUUGUGGCUUCCAAGGGAUUUCCGUGGGAUGAGUUCAAGUUACUGAGCACCUUUCCGAGGAGAGACGUAACGCAGCUAGACCCCAAUAAGUCAUUAUUAGAGGUAAACUUGUUCCCUCAAGAAACCCUUUUCCUUCAAGCAAAAGAGUAGACAUGACUCAGCGAUGGAACCAGCCACUCCUGACAAGCCAGCGGCACAUGUCAAGAGAUGGGCUCCUCACCGACCCACAUACAUGCUCGUCUGACUCAGUUCAGUGUCACACUUCUGCCUCUUGCAAGAUUGCUGGAAAAAAAUAAUAAACAUAGCUACUUAAAAUUUCCCA